CUGUCCAUUCUCUUGUUUGGCUCUCUCUCAUCCUUCAUCUGACUUGCUCCUACGCUUCUGACUGAGGAUUAAGUCAAAACCAGUGUAGAACUCCCGACGGAGUUUGUGCCAUUCCUCAACUUUUCGAGACAUACAUGAGCAACGGAAGAUGGAACCCCAAGAUCAGGAUGCCCUCUCUCCUUGCAGCGGAGAGAUCAGUGUUAUCGGCUCAGAAGAUUCGAGGAUCAUCGAGCAAGAAUGUAUGUAUAGGCUCGAACACUACACGGCGAAAGACGAGAAUGAUGAUACGACUCUGAUACUGAGAGCAUUUCUCGACAACCUGCCCAACGAUGGGCUUGAUCUCUUGCUAAAGGACAUCAAGCGAUGCAACGACGAUAAUGAGAUAUAUCAGUUGGCACGCUCGCUCUCCCAAGGUGUACUACUCCCAAUGCUGACGCGUUCUAAAACGCCCGCAACGAUUACCCCCUCCCCACGUCUCGGAUUUGAGGGUGCGAUUGUCGAACCCUCCUCGCGAAAUGAACAGAGAUGGCUCAGAAGAGUCUGUUUGGAACGGGACGGCAACAGAUGUGUUCUUACAGGUUUGAUGGACGAUAAGGCCGCUCCCACCGGUGAUGAUAUGGUCAUUGUGACCGAGUGUGCCCACAUCAUCCCUUUUUCGUUGGGACACUGGCAAUCAGAAUCCCAACAACAUGUUAAGGCGCAAAUAUGGGUUAACCUGAACCAUUUCUUUCCAUCAUUGAGCCAACGAAUCGGUUUUACUCAGCAGUCAAUAAACGAGCCUCGAAACGCAAUGACGCUGGCUCUGGCCCUACACCCGAUGUUUGGUCGAUUUACCAUUGCUUUGGAAGCUACCAAUCAGCAGGAUGUGUACACACUCAAGAAUUACAAGCCACGCCAAGCGCAAACCUUUCUAGUACGAGGCAUCGAGAAAGUGAAGUUCGAGAACCACAACACACCGUAUGCGGUUCCGGACCCAAUACUUCUUGAGACUCAUGCCAUCAUUGCACGGAUAGUCCAUGCCACCGGAAUGGCAGAACGCGUGUAUCAGCUCCAGUGGAAAAAGGAUGAUACCGGUACUCUUGCGGCAAAUGGUAGUACGGAUGUUGAGUCACUUCUGUCGAUCUCCUCGCUUCCGAUUUUAGCCUCUCGCCCACUCAACAGUACCCGGCCAUCAGCAGAGAUAGGAAAUUUUUGAGAUAAAGUUUGCUUACUACUUGUAAGGCACAUGUUGUAUAUAGAGCUACCCACGCCGAGCUGUAUGCCCCAUAUUUAUGUGUUAUAAAUGAAAAGGCAUUUAUGUCUAGAUGGGAUGAUGAUCACUCACUCUACUCGCUUGGCGACAGAUGCAUGUGUUUGGGAG